AUGGAUGACUACAAACAUUCUUCUACUUUGUCAGAUGGCAGAAGUGGUAAGAGUGAAGUAUCUCUCUCCAGUCUGAGGUCUACAACUGCGAAUGAUAUCACCCACAACAAUGCUUUAACUGACCUUGAUGUUUCUAGCCAUAACGAAGUGUCUUCCCCAAAGCGAAGGAAGGCCAGGGACCUCACCAAUACCUAUACUGGAUUUAUGGGAGAUAUCUGGUCUCACGCUGAGGGCAACCCUGAUGAUACUAUGUUUCUUUCUAUUCAGAUGCCGUUUCUUCUUAUACCUGGCAUUUCCAUAAUGGUAUUUCCCUGA